GACAUUAUUCUAACCACAUUCUUUUCUGCCGUUGUGUAUAUUAAUCGUAAGGUGGUUGUUAUAGUGUUUUGGCAGUAUGACAGAAGAAGUAAAACCCGAUGUAAUUAAGAAAACGCAGGAAUCCUUAGGAAAAUACGUCAAAAGGCCACCUUUGACCGAAAAGUUGCUUAGAAAGCCACCAUUUCGGUUUCUACAUGACAUAGUAACGUGUGUCAUUCGAGAAACUGGGUUCAUGAGUGGAGUUUUCUCACCCGAUGAACUUAAUCAUGAAAAUAUAAAGGACAAGGAAAGCAAAAUAGCAUUUCUGCAGAAAUUAAUUGAGACAGUGAAGGCAACAUCUGACAGUAACAUAACAGCUCGACCUUCGAAGAUUGUUGCCGGACAUGAACCUACAAAGACCAAUGAACUAUUGCAAGGUCUUGCAAAGGCAUUGGAUAAAAAGUUUUCUGGGGAGGAAACAGGGUCCCAGCAGCAUGCUGAGCCUCCAAAGGCUGCAAAGAAGGAUAAGGAGUCGCACAGCAAAGCAUCUUCCAAGAAUGUGGAUGAAGGAAAAAAGAAACCAAGUGAUAAGAAAGGAACGCAUUCAAAGACAUCUUCCCGGGAACACAAGAUUCGAGAGAGCAAAGAGCCUUCUAUGAAGAAAUCAUCCUCACAAAAUGUUGAAUCAAAACAUUUGAAAACAACUGGAAAUAAGAGAUCAGAAGGUCACACAGUGGAGAGUUCAGAAGCGAAGCAUAAGAAAGGCAUGACUGAAGUACACAAGAAAAAGGAUGUGAGAUCCGACACUGCAGAAGCACAGGAGCAUGAAAAUAUUUUACCAGCAGAGGGAGAAAAUGUUAAACCAACUACAAAACAACAUGAAACUAAAUUGUUGGAGUUACCAUCUUCCAUAAUAGAAACCAGCAUGAAGAUAGGAAAGGAAAAGCAAGAGCUUUCUGCAGAACUGGACACAGCAACAAAGAAAGGAAAAAGGUCUGCUCGACAGACAUCAGUAAAUCAGAUAAGUGAAAGGAAUAAAUUGACUGCGGUGGAUGACAAAAUGAAAGAAGAAAAUGAACAACCAGAUCCUGUUACCAGCUCCCAAGGGACAGAACAGAACAUGGUGAAUCCAGAAACAAAGUCAACAGAUAUGAAGAAUAUCACAAGCAGCAGCAAUAACAUUACCAACAACAAUGUUCACAAUGGAGAAGGAAGUGUUGCGGCACCAAAAGUGAAUGUAAUCAGACCAAAGACAGCUCGUUUGGGAAGUGCCAGGCCUAUGAGUGCGAGGCCAGCUGCUCCACGGGUAAGAGAUCGUGGUGAGGUGGUGGUGCCUGCGGAAGUCCAAUCAGUUGUUGCCAAAGUGAACAUCAUAACAGAAGGUGAUCAGAUGGCAGAGCAAGAUGAAAAUGAGAAUUACAUUGUUGAGUCCCAGGAUCAACCAGCAAUUGAAAUAUUGCCAUCUCCAGGGCCAGCUGAUGGCCCAGUUCCUGAUGCACAACAUGGGCAUCUCGUCUCUCAGAUACUGGAAACCCAGAAAGAGCUGGAAGAGAAGAGGCCACCAAGUGCCGAUGGCCACAACAAACACCUGAAGAGAGUUGAUAUUGAGUGGGAGGACGGACUCAGAAGAGAACGAGAUUCAGCAACUAGAGAAGUUGAACGACUGCGCUCAUCGAUACAGACUCUGACUCGAGCAGCCAAUCCUCUCGGAAAGUGGAUGGACUUUCUACAAGAGGAUGUUGACACAAUGCAGCGAGAACUGGAGAUGUGGAGGACAACCAACAAAGAACUGAAGCUACAGCUUGUGCAAGAACAAAACCAGACAUACCAACUAAUUGAACCAUUGAGAAGACAACUGCAACACUUGGGAAAAGCUACUGAAGACCAGCAAGAGCUAAUAACUGCUUUAAAAAGUAAAAUACUUCAAAAUGACGAAUAUAUACACAAACUAGUGACAUGAGGCUCACUGCAAAAGAGGGGGAAGAGGAAAGAAACUAAACUGCUUAAAAAUUUCUCACAAGAAUUUGUUACACAUUAACAUGUAUGUAUACUGCAGCUAGAAAAGAUUUUCUUUUUCCUGACAUGCUCUUUGUGUUAAAUUCUGUGGCUAUGAAAAUAUAUGUACCCAAGCAUUAUUCUAAGUGUCAAAACAUUUCACACUAAAAACAAAUAAAUGUGUGACUUUCAG